AUGAAUAAUUGGCAACUCUCGUAUCAAUCACCGGAGAAUCUAACGUAUCACUUAAAGAAGCCUUACUUGCAGUACGAUAAAAAAGAGAAACAAAUUACGAAGUUAGUAUUCGACAAUGAAACCAAUUUAAUAUGGGUUGGUGACUCGUAUGGUCGGGUAUCAUCAUAUGACCCGACAUAUUCAUUGUAUACCAGACAUACGGCACAUAUAGGCUCAAUGCCUGUUAUUGAUCUUCUAAGUCAUAGAAACGGUAUUUUAUCACUAAGUUCUGAUUCUCUACACUUCGCUAAUAGGAGGGGAGUAACUCAAAUGAGCUUAACAUCGGCAGAUAUUGCACAACUCUCUGAUAUGAAAACAAUGUGCUAUCCAUCUAACAACCAACACAGAGUUUUAUGUGCCGGAGGCAAUAGUGCUAGUGGAAUUGUUUCUAUUGAUUUGGUAAAGGGAUCAUUGGCUUCCUCUACUUACUAUUCAUCUAAAGUGAGACACCUUACUUCCAAUAAUAAGCUUGUAGCCAUCGGGAAACAAACCGGAUCUAUAGAUAUUUUCGAUCCUAUAAGCAAUAAGGUUGUUCAGUCCUUUUCGGGUCACUCGGCUUCAAUCACGUCGAUGGAUUUCAAGGACAAUACUUUGGUAACAGCAGGAAAAUCCAAAACUUUCAACUACAUGCAUUCCGAUCAAUUCAUCAAUGUGUAUGAUGUAAGAAUUAUGAAGCAACUACCUCCGAUUUCGUUUUCAAAGACGCCUAAUUUUGUAGGGAAUCAUACAUCAUCUAAUAUUCCUAUUGGGGCAGAUUUUCUUCAAUUACAUCCGGUGCUUCCAACGGUAGUGGGGGUCGCAUCCACAUCGGGAAGUUUUGACUUCAUUGAUUUGGUAAAUCCAAGUUUAAGAACACCAUACAUUCAUCCUUGUAAGUCUAUCAGCCAAUUCAAAAUUUCCCCCAGUGGGGAUUACCUUGCAUUUAUAGAGGAAGACACUACAUUGAAUAUGUGGAAUAGGUCCAACACCAUGUCUGGCUUCACGAAUACAGCUGCAAUAGUUGAAUAUCAAGACUUCCCAGAGGACACUGUAAUGCCAGUAAGGAUUGAUCUCGAUCAAGAGUCGUACCCUUUGAGUUCUGUUGGUAUGCCAUACUACUCGGAGACUUUAUUAUCUGCAUGGCCACAUACCGUUUUUAAGACUGAGGGAACUAUUAACAAAUUGAUAGAGGAAAGCAGUUCAUCUGACGUUAACAUUACGUCAUCCAAGCCCGCUAGUAGAAUGGCUUCGCAUUUAUCAUCCAGCAAGUACUCCUUACAGCCAUAUAAUAAGUUCAGAUAUGGUCCACGGAAUGUUCUAACCCCAUAUAAGUCCCUUAGAGAAAGAAGGAAAAAAAUGGUUAGUACAACCGAGGAAAAUCAAGAUAGGAGAGAACUCAUGAAUUACAAGCCUAUUAAUAAUAUAGAGAUACCACCAGCCUAUAGUAAACUACAAAUGAUAUAUGGGAAAUUUGGUGUCAUAGACUUCGAUUUUGGAGGAUUUAACACAACUAAGUACUCUGGACUUGAGACUGAUAUCGAUUGUGUUUACGUCAAUGAAAUUAUACACUUAUAUCGCUUCGUCCCAGAAGUAUACAAUUUUGUGGUAAGCUGUUUAAAAGACGAAUUUUUCCAGGAUAAGUCCUUACUAACCGAGCUUGGGUUUCUUUUUGAUAUGAUGACCAGGGCUGAAGGGAAUAUUUGUAGGGCUUCCAAUUUUGUUGACGUUCUUGAAUCCAUAUCUACAGCUAAAGAUCUUGGGUUAGUUACCGAUCAAAUAUCUUGUCGUUCAGAGCGUGCUGGCAGGCUCUCGAUCUCACCAGAUAAUUUAUCCCCUCAUCUAAAAGAUCUCACUUUGACAGAAAAUGCAGAUGCAGAGGAGGUUAUGAAAAUGAGUUAUGAAAAAUAUAUGACGGUCGCUCAAAAAUUCAAUACAUUCCUGCUUAAUAGAUUAAUAUCAGAGGAGGUGCAAAGAAAGGUUUACACAACUCAAAACAUUGUUUUAGAAGAGUUAUUUGGAUUCGAUGUGGACACAGAGAUACGGACAUUGUCCACAUGUGGAGAAUAUAACCAUGAAACCAGAAUUAUGUCUUCUUUGGUUGUUUUAAGUCCUGUGAACAAUAACCUGAAAUAUAGCAACAAAAAACUAAACAACCAGACAAUUCUCCCAUACAUAGAAUCUUCAAUGAGUAGAUUCAGGCAGUUAUCGGCCAAGUGCUCUAAAUGUAUGAAGCAGCAAAAUCACGAAUAUGAAAGUACUGUUAGAAAUCUUCCACCGCUUUUGUCUCUUAACAUGUGCUUAUCUCCGGAAGAAUGGACAACGGCCAAAACUGUUACAGGUUGGUUGUCGAACCACUUUUACGCAACAAUAUCUAAGGAUAGACCGAUCUUGAAACUGCAAGCUACUGACCUCAAAACGACUAAUGCCAUAUUCAAAUAUGAGCUAACAUCAUAUGUAGCAAGAAUCACGGAUGAUUUUGGAGAGGAGCACUUGGUCACUUACGCAAAAAUAUUCGACCAGAAAAUACAAGAAUUCAAAUGGUAUAUGUUUAAUGACUUCUUGGUUGAAGAGAUUGAGGAAGAAGAAGCCCUCCGUAUCUCAUACUGGUGGAAGACACCUGAAAUUGUCGUUUAUUCUGAUGCAGAAGAGAUUAGAAAGCCUUUUGUUCCAGUUUCAGAAUACAGUAUAGACGAUAAUAUAUUAUAUCGUGAUUACUUCAGUGAAGGUAUAAGGAAAGAUGUCGUUAGGCAAUACACAUUACUUACUAGAGAGGAGCCACCUGGACCUGGGACCUUAGUGGCCCUCGAUGCAGAGUUUGUGUCCUUGACUGAACCUCGAUUAGAAAUUAAUUGUAAAGGUAUGAAGACUCUAUUAAAACCUGCAAAGAAAUCUUUAGCACGUGUGUCACUUUUACGUGGAGAGGGAGAACUUGAAGGUGUACCUUUUAUCGAUGAUUAUAUUAUAAGCGAGUGUCAUAUUGAAGAUUAUCUAACUCAGUUCAGUGGAAUUGAACCGGGUGAUUUAGAUCCUAAGUUGAGUAAAAAGAGCUUGGUAAAGAGACAAGUCUUUUAUAGAAAGAUCUGGCUACUCCUUCAAUUAGGCUGUGUUUUUGUUGGGCAUGGUUUAACCAAUGAUUUCCGCCAGAUUAAUAUUCAUGUUCCUGCUUCUCAAAUCAGAGACACAUCUCUCUAUUAUUUGAAGGGUAAGAGGUACUUGUCGUUACGUUAUUUGGCAUAUGCAGUAUUGCAUAAACAAGUCCAAACUGGGAACCACGAUUCCAUUGAAGAUGCACACACAGCCUUACUGUUGUACAGAAAAUACUUGCAACUGAAGGAAGAAGGUGUCUUCGAAAUGUACCUUGAAAAUAUUUAUGAUGAAGGCCGGAAAAUGGGAUUUAGAGUUCCUGAACAGUAUCCUAUGUAG